UCCCAUCCCAUCCCAUCCCAUCCCAUCCCAUCCACACUCUCACCCUCUUCCCUCCCCUUCCUCCCCUUCUUCCAUCUUUUCUCCAUACUCUCCCAUCCUCUUCUCAUCCCUUCUACCCGCCGCUCUCCCCACCGCCUCAACCCCAACUCCUCCCCUUCCAAAUCAUUUUAACAGGGUGUGGAUAACCACCCAUUACCGCUCUCACAUCCUCCCUCUCCGUUUCGGUGCUAUCCCUACGUCUUCUUUGUUAUUGUUAUUUUCUGUUUGUCCUUCCUCCUUCCCUCAAUUCCGUCUGCUCCCUCACCUCCAUGCUCAUCUCGCAAGGAGAGAUGCAUCAACACAUGGACGUCGAUAUCGACUCGGACCAGGAGCGUGAACGCUCGUUUUCACCCAUUCUUAACCAGAAAGCUCACUCACAAGGAACGAUGGAGCACUUCAAUCAGCCUCCCUCAACAAAACCGCACCCUAUCAUCCCCUCAGAGCUGAUUCUCCAUAUUUUCAAGUUCCUCAGCGCCCCCCAGGACCUGCGCACCGCUAUCCUCGUCUGCAAGCUCUGGUGCUCCUGUGGCAUGGACCUGCUCUGGUCUCGCCCGGCACUCCUGAGCCUGCCUCUCGUCGAAAAAAUGUGUCAGACCAUAUCCCUUGGCCGAUCCGAAACCGUCUUCCCCUAUGCUGAUUACAUCCGACGUCUCAACUUCUCCUUUCUGGCCCAGGACCUUACAGACGAUGUCUUAAUCCAGUUCAGCUGCUGUCGACGAUUGGAACGAUUGCUUUUGCCGGGCUGUACUAGGGCCACGGAGGAAGGGCUGAAGCAGAUCCUGGAGGUCGGACAUGGCCUAUAUUCAUUGGAUCUGUCAGACAUUUCUGCAGUGACGGACUCAGUCCUCGAACAUGUAGCAGAACACUGUCCAAAACUGCAUACCCUUUACCUGACAGGAUGUGUCACUCUCACAGAUGAGUCUGUAGUCAAAUUAGCAACCAGCUGUCCAAGUCUCAAGCGAAUCAAACUAGGACAAUGCAUGCUGUUGACAGAUAGAUCGAUCCUCGCCCUCAUUCAGCACUGCCCACAUCUCAUGGAAAUUGAUGUCACUAAUUGCAAUCUCAUGACGAAUAACGCCAUCCAAGCUGUCUUCCGAUUCUUGCCCCAAAUUCGAGAUAUCAACAUGGCCCUCCUCACCAAUCUCACGGAUCAUGCCUUUGCAUCUAUUCCCAUUGGGUCGAUAUCGUCCUCAACCUCAUCCCCUAUCCGGUUCGAGCAAUUACGAGUCCUGAACUUGACAUCAUGCGCGCAUAUCACGGACGAGACCCUGGCGAGGAUCAUACCAGCGGCACCACGACUCCGCAACCUGGCGUUGACGAAAUGUGAUCAGAUCACGGAUGUAGGCGCGAGUGUGAUCAAGCUGCUGGGCAAGCAUUUGCAUUAUCUGCAUUUGGGACAUUGCUCCAAAUUGACGGACAGGGCCAUUACGACGCUGACGCAGCACUGUACCAGAAUCCGAUACUUGGAUUUAGCAUGCUGUUCCAAACUAACGGAUGCGGCUGUGUUCGCGAUGGCGCAGUUGCCAAAAUUGAGGAGGAUCGGGUUGGUGAAGUGCUCGAACAUUACGGACCACGGGAUUUAUGCGAUGUUGGUGUCGCAGAUUGUGCCGCAGACGCUGGAGCGGGUGCAUUUGUCAUACUGUGUGCAUCUGUCAGACACCGCCGUGGCGGCUCUGGUGAACCAGUGCACGAAGCUGACGCAUCUGUCUGUUACGGGCGUACCCGCGUUCACGUCACCAAAAUACCAGAAGUUUUGUCGGGUGCCCCCCUCUGAAUUUACGGCGCACCAGCGGGAGGUAUUUUGUGUGUUUUCGGGCAAGGGCGUGAGGGAGUUGAGGCACUUCAUGCACGAGAACCCGACGAUGCCUUUGUCAACUUUAUCGAGCAUUCAGAGGAGCUAUCGAAUCAUGGGAUCGACAGUUGCGUCCAUGGUGGCGGGAGGUCAGCAUUCUUCGGCGAUUUUGGCGCAUCUGGGAUUGACUCUGAGAGAGACUGAGGCGCAUGUACAGAGUCUUUCGGUGGCGGAAAGUGAACAAGGGUCAAGUGCCAUGGCGGGGCCGGGCUCGACGGAUUCUCUUUCUGCAAUGAUCGCGGACGGCACUCUUUCAGAUCAUCAUCAGCAGCAGCAGCAGCAGAAUCACUUGAGCGAAGCGCUGACAAUGGAGUUGGAGCAAGAAAUAGAGGACCUUGACGAGGCGGAGCAGGACUAUGCAGAGAUGAUGAUGCAGCAGCACCAUUUGCUCCGUCGUCACCAUCAUCGACACCACUAUCAGCGUCAUCCCCAUCAUGGACACCACGGGCAUGGUACAGACAGUGCUUCUAGCGGGAUAAGCUCGUGCGCAUCAGCAUCAGAAACAUCGACUACGGCUACGACGUCUUCGGGACAGGAUUCAUCAUCGUCAUCGGCGUCUGCAUCUGCAUGGACACCCAACAAUACCCAUUUGCCCCUGUGUCCGUACUACCACAACCAUGCGCGUCGGUUUCAGCCCACGAUCACCGCUGGACAGGAUCAAGAUGCGGAGCCAACCUCGGAGACGGCAGUGAUGAUGGUCCAGGCGCAGGAUGAUCGAAUGGCUACGCCGAGUUCUGUAGACCAGGAACAGGAAGAGGAGGAUGAAGACGAGCAGCAGGGUCGUCAUCGUCAUCAUCGUCACCAUCGCUCGGACGGUAACCGCGACCAAGCUAGAGGCGAAGGCGAAGGUGCGGAAGGUAGUAGCGGUGGAAGCGGACGUGGUAGUCCUACGGAGGAAGAGGAUGAUGACGAGGAAGAGGUUGAGGCGGACAAAGAUGUUUUUGGAAACGUAGACGCAGACGAUGACGACGUGCAGAGGGCACAGUCAAGCCGACGCUGAAAUAGCCAAAGCAAAGCUAGUAGGGCGCGCACGGAAAAAAGAGAGCGCCUUUAUUUUAUUUUUAUUUUUAUUUUUAUUUUUAUUUUUUGACAUAGAUAGAGAGACAUGCAUAGCAUGCAAAACCAAACAUUGGCGCCAUUGUAAU